AUGGGGGACUCUUCAACGAAACAACCAUACCCCGAGACCACUGUGAUCAAAUCGGCCUCCGAGGAUGAGACCCAAGCCACCGAGCCCCCCAAGCGGUCAUUCCGUUCUUUCAUCUGGGACACAGAUACUCACCUCAAAUCAGCAGACGAGAAACAUCUUCUCCUCAAGCUUGAUGCAGCCCUUCUUAGCAUUGGAUGUUUGGGAUUUUUUAUGAAGUACCUGGACCAGGGAAAUCUUUCCAAUGCAUACGUGUCAGGCUUACAAGAAGCCCUUUCAAUGUAUGGCAACGAAUAUACCUAUGCGCAAACGGUAUACACAGUCGCCUACGCUGCCAUGCAAAUCCCAAGCACGCUCAUUAUUCAGCGCAUCCGACCCAGCAUUUGGCUUGCAGCAAUGGAGGUUGGUUGGGCUAUUUUCACAUUUGCGCAAGCUGGUAUGCAUAAUGUGGGCGAGCUAUACGCCUUCCGCUUCCUGGUCGGACUCUUUGAAAGCUCCUUCUUCCCCGUUUUGCUCUAUGUUCUUGGGAGUUGGUAUACGAAGACCGAGCUGGCAAAACGAGUUGCGCUAUUUCACAUGACUGCUCCUCUGGGAUCAGCCUUUGGAGGUUAUUUACAGGCGGCCGUGUAUAAGAAUAUGAAUGGGGCUCAUGGUCUCGCUGGAUGGAGAUGGUUAUAUCUCAUUUGUGGGUGCAUGACUCUCCCAGUUGGAAUUGCGACCUAUUUCCUGCUUCCUGAUACACCACACACCACUCGUGUAUGGUUUCUGUCCAAAAAAGAGCGACAGCUUGCAAAAGAGCGGGUUUUGAAAGCUGGCAAGGCUGCACCCGUAGAAAUCACCACACAAACAUUCAAGAAAAUACUUGGAUCGUGGAAAUGGUAUGCAUUCGUUCUGGGUUACGUGCUCUACGGGUCAUCGUGUGGCGCCAGCAGCUACUUUGGGAUUUGGCUCAAAUCGGAGGGCUUUUCCGUGGUUGACAGAAACCUUAUCCCCACUGGCACGUCACUUAUCUCCGCGGCUUGCGUCGUGCUAUGGGGCUUCCUUUCGGACUAUACAGGCAGCAGAUUUGCUUGGGUGCUAAUCCCUCUGAUCUUCGGGCUUUUGCCAAAUGGGAUUCUAGCAUUUUGGCCCGCCAGCGUGCAGUUCAAGGAAUUCGCUUUUCUCACAGCAAAUGUCCAGCUCAUGACAGCGGUCUUUUACACCUGGGCCAACGAAGUGUGCUCUGGGGACAACGAGGAGCGAGCUGUUGUUGUUAGCAGCAUGAAUGGUUUCCAAUAUGCUGUAGCUGCAUGGUUGCCUAUCAUAAUCUUCCCACAGACUAUGGCCCCGACAUUCAGUAAGUAUAAUCACUCACGUGCAGUUCGUGUCGCGUUCUGUGGACCGAGCUAA